UGCCAGGCCCCACUGCCGUCAGCGUGCAGAUGUUCAUCAAUUCCUUUGGAUCCCUCAACGCAGCCAACAUGGACUUCAGCAUCGACGUGUUCCUGAGGCAGUCCUGGCAUGACCCGCGCCUCGUCCUGCCCGGUCCUCGCGAGCGUGUGGCCAUCACCAACCCACAGAUGCUGGCAAGGUUGUGGAAACCUGAUACGUACUUCAGCAACAUGAAGGACGGCGAUAUCCAUAGGGUGUCCAUGCCUAACGUUCUGUACAGAAUAUACAAGACAGGCGACGUCCUGUACAGUAUGAGAUUAACGCUGAGGCUUUCCUGCCACAUGGAGUUCCGCGAGUAUCCUCUCGACUCCCAGGUGUGCGGAGUACACGUCACCUCCUACGCCAACACGGACGACUUGGUCAGGUACCGGUGGCUCGCGGACAGGCCCAUCGAUCUGCCGGAGGCUCUUGAGAUCGCGCAGUUUGAUCUCCUCGGAUUCUCUGCCAAUGAAACCAGCCACGUUUACGUCACAGGGAACUUCAGUGGCCUGUUGGCAGAGUUCAAGCUGCGUCGCCAGAGCGGCUACCACGUCCUGCAGACCUACGUGCCCACCGUCCUUAUCGUGAUCGUCUCGUGGGUGUCCUUCUGGCUGGACCCGAACGCCGUGCCCGGGCGUGUCACCCUUGGGGUCACGACGCUGCUCACCCUCACCACCCUCGCCUCAGGCAUUAGGGCUUCCCUGCCACCUGUCUCAUACGUAAAGGCUAUCGAUGUCUGGAUAGGAACUUGCAUGAUUCUGGUGUUCAGCGCCCUCAUGGAAUUCACGGUGGUGAACUGGCUCUUCAACAAGAAAGUUACUCACCAUGGUCAGUCCUCCUUCAAGAUUCGGAAAUCAGUAAGUUUCUUCACUAUUCUAUGAAAUGAGCUGUUAGUGAAUGGGAUAUGCAUUAUCAUUAUUAUCAUUAUCACAGUGACUCACUUUUAUCAUUAUCAUGACUAUUACAAAUGCUGAAACUUGCAAUGUUUGUUAUAAUCUUACUGUUGUUCUUAAUAUGUCCUAAACAUUGUUGUUAUCG